GGUUGGGAGGGGGGCCCCUCCCUCCCCCUCUUCGUACGAUGACGUCAUCACGCGAUGACGUCACCGACCCGGGCGUCACCAUGGUGGUGAGGUUGCCGCAGUGGUAGUCGAGGUGGGGUUUAAAGAUUCCGGGGCUCGUCGUCAGUGAACCGGUAGCUAAAGAUGCUGUCACGACUAUUCCGCGCCCAUGGGCGCUUUGUGGCCACCCACCCCUGGGAGGUGAUAGUGGGCACCAUCACCAUCACGCUCUGCAUGACCUCCAUGAACAUGUUCAUCGGCAACGACGUCGUCUGCGGCUGGAACUACCAAUGCCCCAAAACAGAUGAGGAGGUUCUCAGCAGUGACAUUAUCAUUCUGACCAUCACACGCUGCCUUGCCAUCCUCUACAUAUAUUUUCAAUUUCAAAACCUGCGACAGCUUGGUUCCAAAUAUCUUUUAGGUAUUGCAGGAUUGUUCACCAUCUUCUCAAGCUUUGUGUUCAGCACAGUAGUCAUUCACUUCCUCGGAAAGGAGCUCACUGGACUCAAUGAGGCAUUGCCAUUCUUCCUACUGCUUGUCGAUUUGUCCAAAGCAAGUGCUCUAACCAAAUUUGCCCUGAGCGCCAACACACAGGAAGAAGUGCGGGAUAACAUUGCCCGAGGAAUGGCCAUUCUCGGACCGACCAUCACUUUGGAUGCCCUUGUGGAAAGUCUUGUCAUCGGAGUGGGAACCAUGUCAGGUGUCCGGCAGUUGGAGAUCAUGUGCUCAUUUGGUUGCUUCUCCAUCCUGGCCAACUACUUGGUGUUCAUGACCUUCUUCCCUGCAUGUGUCUCUUUGGUGCUUGAGGUAUCGCGUGAGAGGCGAGAGGGAAGGCCCAUCUGGCAGCUCAGUCAGCUGGCUCAAGUCCUACAGGAGGAAGAGGACAACAAGCCCAACCCCGUGGCCCAGCGCGUUAAGAUCAUCAUGUCACUGGGGCUAGUGCUGGUGCAUGCCCAUAGCCGCUGGCUGGCUGAGCCCGUGGGGGAGAGCAGCCUCUCCAACUCUCCCGGAACCCUUGACGACUUGAACGACAGCUUUCCAAAACGCAUCGAGCCCAGCGUGUCUCUUUGGCAGUUUUACUUUGGACGACUGGUGAGCAUGGACAUCGAGCAGGUGGUCACACUUGGCCUGGCACUCGUCCUGUCCUUCAAGUAUAUCUUCUUUGAGAAGAUAGACGAGAAGGCUGCCUCAGAGAACAGCCACGUUAUCCGCCCACGUUCGCUGGAGCCCACGACAGAUGCCGUCUCCAUCAAGGCCAGGGAAGACAUGUUUGAAGUUAUUAAACCAAAGAACCAACCCGAAGUCGAAGCAGCGGUCGUCCCUACCGUGAUCCCCGGCCGGAUAUCAAGGCCUUCCUUCACACUGGGGGACACCGAUUGGUCUCCAGAGGAGCUGACCGAGGAACUGCUGGAUGAAGAUUCGGAGGAGGAUAUUCCUGCUGAGCCACGGCCCAUCGAAGAGUGCAAGAGGAUCCUCAACUCGGAGAAGGGAGCCCGCUUCCUUUCCGAUGCAGAAAUAGUGCAGCUGGUGCAGGCCCGUUACAUCCCAGCAUACAAGCUGGAGAACCUCAUGGAAUCUCCGGAGCGCGGCGUCCACAUCCGCCGACAGAUGCUGGCGCAGAAGCUGCCAGCGUCCGACGCCCUCGCCACGCUACCCUACCAGAACUACGAUUACUCACUGGUGAUGGGCACGUGCUGCGAGAACGUCAUCGGCUUCAUGCCGGUGCCCGUCGGCGUGGCUGGGCCCCUCCGACUGGACGGGAAGGACUACCAGGUUCCCAUGGCGACCACGGAAGGCUGUUUGGUGGCCAGCACCAACCGUGGCUGCCGCGCCAUCGCGCUGGGUGGCGGUGCUCACAGCGCCGUCCUUGGGGAUGGCAUGACGAGGGGCCCUGUGGUCCGACUUCCUUCCGCUAUCGAGGCAGCCAAGGUGAAGGGCUGGCUGGAAAGCCCAGAGGGAUUCAGCAUCGUCAAAGAGAAGUUCGAUAGCACCAGCAGGUUCGCUCGCCUGCAGCGUCUGCACGUGGGCCUGGCCGGACGCAAUCUCUACAUCCGGUUCCAAGCUCGCACAGGCGACGCAAUGGGCAUGAAUAUGAUAUCCAAGGGCACAGAGCUAGCACUGAGCCGUGUCCAAGAGGAGUUUCCAGCCAUGCAGGUGCUGGCCGUAUCGGGGAACUACUGCACGGAUAAGAAGCCGGCCGCCAUCAACUGGCUACUGGGCCGGGGCAAGACGGUCGUGAGCGAGGCAGUCAUUCCUGCCAAGGUGGUACACGAGGUGCUAAAGACAACAACAGAAGCCCUGGUGGAGGUGAACAUCAGCAAGAAUCUAAUCGGUUCAGCCAUGGCGGGCACCAUUGGAGGCUACAACGCUCACGCUGCCAACAUCGUCACAGCCAUCUUCAUUGCCUGCGGACAGGACCCUGCUCAGAAUGUGGGCAGCUCCAACUGCAUGACCCUGAUGGAGGCAACCGGCCCGUACGGGGACGACCUGCAUAUCAGCUGCACCAUGCCGUCCAUCGAGAUUGGCACUGUUGGAGGUGGCACCAACUUGGCCCCACAGCAGGCCUGCCUCAAGAUGCUGGGCAUCCUGGGCGCCAGCAAAGAUGAUCCCGGCUCCAACGCCUGCACGCUGGCACGCGUGGUUUGUGGCACCGUGCUGGCUGGAGAGCUGUCCCUCAUGUCGGCACUGGCAGCCGGACACCUCGUCAAGUCCCACAUGAUCCACAACCGCUCCAAGAUUAACCUACACGAGGUGACUGGGAACUGUACCAACAAGGCCGCCUGAUGGAGCAGUGGAGUCAUCAUAGUGGAGACAACACACACACACACAUCUGCUCGACGGAACAACCGCAGUGCGGGUGUUAACAAAGCCACGUGCUUAAUGGAACGACGUUGCAGCUGGUUAUGGCGCUGUGGUAGGCGCGAGGCGGCUGAAGGAAUCCUGCGUUUGCAGGCCAAUGAUCCGCUCACAUGUACCCCUUUCCUGACCCUUCGUCAUGUUUCACGUUCCCCAAAAUGUUAGGAAAUGAGUGUUAGACGUUGCAGUUUGUCUUGUAUCAGAGUAAUGGUUUCAAGAUGAUCUUGCCAAUUCUUUCCAACGUUUUGUUACGGUCCUGACGUUUAAAUGUUCUUAAUCAUAUCAUUCCAUGAACAAAGUCAGCUUUGGAAGGGAACGUCCAAAUAUUUUACAAUUUCAACCCCUGACUUUGUUUUAUGAAUUUCAUUUGCAAUUGUUUCCAUCCGCUGCUUGAACAUGGCUCUGUGAUAAGUGUGAGUACCAAAUUGCAUAGCCAGUGGAGAAUUUGCUUACAUGAAAUGCAAAUAGCAUCUUUUUAAAAUAAAAGUACUGUUGACCAUAAACAGGUAAAUAUUCAGUACAGACAUAUACAUUUGCUGCUUGUUUUAGUUGCGUGUGUAAAUAACCAGUUUUGUUUACAUUGUUGCUUUUAAGCCCAUAGUUUUGUAAACCUGAAUAUUGCUUUGUAGCCACAUUGCAAGUCCUGUACAUCAUAAAUCGGUGUUCUGACUUCACUCUUAUGAAGGUGCCCGUGGUCUGGGCAUUGUCUCCACGUCGUCAAUGGUUCUCAGUUGAAGUUUUAUGGCACUUUUGGUAUGCAGAUUAACUUAGCUGUGGUUUUGCAUACAUCACUUUCAGAACGGUGGCUUUCGGUUGUAAAGACUUUCUUGUGCAUUUGCUUUGUGCAUUGCUUCUGAUGCUGUGCUGCAGUGGGAUGUUAAACGGUACAUCAUUAAAAAAGGCACAACCCAAACUUUAAA